AGAGAGAGAGAGAGAGAGAGAGAGAGAGAGAGAGAGAGAGAGAGAGAGAGAGAGAGAGAGAGAGAGAGAGAGAGAGAGAGAGAGAGAGAGAGAGAGAGGCAGAGAGAGAGAGAGAGGGAGAGAGAGAGAGAGAGGGAGAGAGGGAGAGUGUGCUCUGUGUGCUUAUUGCAGGCAGGAGCUACUAUACUCUGCUCUUAGCUCACUGUCAGUAGCUCUUGUAUUCAGGCUGCUACACCCAGGAGCUCUGUCCCUUCAGCACCAUCAGCCUGAAGCUCCUGAUUGAGAGAAAACCAACCCUGCUCCUCAGAUUGGCCUGAAUCUGGCCUGACCCUUCAAGCGUGGUUUGCUGUCUGGGAAGUGAGGCACAAGAAUGGUGAAGCUGGGGAGUAAUUUGAGUGACAAGAACAACAAACAGCCUUCUGGUGAGGACGGCUUUCAGACUGUCCCUUUGAUAACACCCUUGGAAGUAAAUCACCUGCAGUUUCCUGCUCCAGAAAAGGUGAUUGUGAAGACAAGAACAGAAUACCAGCCUGACCAGAAGAACAAAGGAAAACUACGGGUGCCAAAAAUUGCCGAGUUUACAGUCAGUUUUACUGAUGGAGUAACAGAAAGAUUAAAGGUCACUAUUCUCGUCAGCCUGGCUCUGGCAUUUCUUGCCUGCAUUGUGUUUCUGGUGGUUUACAAGGCUUUCACCUAUGACCACAGCUGCCCAGAUGGCUUUGUUUAUAAGCAUAAGCGCUGCAUCCCCACCUCCCUGGACGCAUAUUACUCCGCACAGGAUUCCAGCUCCCGGGGCCGGUUCUACACUGUCAUCAGUCACUACAGCGUGGCCAAGCAGACCAGCUCCAGGGCCAUUGCACCCUGGCUCUCUGCAGCAGGACCUAUCAGCCAUGAAGCAAAGGCUGUGAAGGCGGAGGGCCAUUAAAGAUGCCCCAGGGGAGGAGAAGGAAAGGGGAGGGGGGGGGGGAGGAGAAGGGACCCGGGCCUGACAGAACCCCGCUCGCUCGCUUACUAGACGACUCUGUCCCCCCGGGUUCCACAAAGGGAGGAGCGAGCCUAAAGGAACACACCGGAGGAGAUUGAAUUGAUAUUUACUUUGGUCCAUUGUUAUUCUCGUUGAUUUGUAACUAACUUGAGUCGAGCUCUUGUAUAAAGGCAUGUUUGGUGUUGAUUGUUACAAUGUAAAAUAUUUUUCAAAACCUUGCUUACUAUUUGUUAGGGAAAAGAAAAGACAAAAUGAAAUAAAAACAAGUCAGUCUCCCAGAACCCGGCCCAAUCCCAGAGACACCAAGAGAAAGGGAAGGAUCUGCAGAGGUCCUCUUCAUAGAGAGUAUGGCCAUGGCCUGGGCAGGCUCAGGAGAAUGGAGGCGAAGCCAGUUUUCCAGUGGGGGCGGGGGGAGGGUUAGGGAGGCAGCGGGGAUCUUUCAUGCCAUGUGUGUGUGCUAGGGUAAUCUGUAAUCUUCUGUCUGGGCUUGAGCUGGCCUGGCCUCUCACUGGUUCAUAGAACCUACCCCUGCCAGGGGAAGGGAACUUGAAAAAGUAAGUGAAGGCUUAGUGGAAGUAUUUUCAGUCUGAGGUAGUGACCUGGGAAGGGCUUACCAGGCUAUCAGGGUAUGGGAAGACCAGGAAGACCCUGUAGUCUUUGCCCACAAGAUAUUUUCUGGAAGGUUCUUGGCACAGAUUCUUAAAUUGGCUCCUACUUGCAGUAUUCAUUCCACAGCAAGGGCAGAUUUUGCUCAUAAGUGUCAUGGGGACUGGAUACCAUUACUGACCCAUUAUCCUGCUAAGCUGCCCAUCUGCUAAUUUGUCCUGGGCAGGCCAUAGGGAAGUCAUGUUGUAGGAAAAAGGAAAGAGUCAGAUUAGCAAGACAGGCCAUUUAAAGCAUGGGGGAUAGGGCUUCCCAGUAAUCUACGACAAGCUGUUUGAAGAGUAUAGCAGAAGAGACCUAGAUCUGAUGAAGUUGUCGAUGCCAUUAUACUCAACAACUAUAUAGAAAAAAUAGUAUAGUGAAACUGUAAUGCCAAAAGCUAUAAGCUGACUUUUUGUCCCCACCAUGAUUCACCUGUAAAUUCAUCUGUCACUAGAAAUGGGAAACAAAGAAACAAAAUGACCCCCAGAAAACUGCUGAAUAAUUUAUAAUUUUGUGGCGUAUUUUUGUCAGUAGGUAGCAGAGACUGAAGUAUUUUUUGGUGUAAUUCUUGAACUUUUCUGAGAAGAAAAAAAAUAAAGAUAGAUGUGUCUGAGAGUCCUCAA